GUUUACAAGAUAAAAAUCACGUGGUUGAACUUUUAACACGUUGUUAUCGAUAAUAGUAUGAUAAUUUUUCUUAUUACUUGAUUAAGAAACGAUUACUCGUAAGUCAUCUGUUGUUGUUAUUUUCAUUAAUUAAAGCUCGUUUAAUUCGUUCAACAAUGUUUAAAUAUCGAUCUGUGCAAAGGCAGUCUGCUAGAUUUUUACAGUGUUUAUCUGCAAAAGUUACGAGGAACGAAAGUAGAAGAUUUUUUUAUAUAACCCCGUCAAGUAGAAGUAGUGAGUAUGGAGUCAGUAUUAAGUUCACUCAAGAACACGAAGAAAUGAGGAAAAGCGUUAGGAAGAUUAUUGAUAAUGACAUUAAUCCAUAUGUGGAUCAAUGGGAGGAAGAAGGAACUUAUCCAGCUCACAAAAUUUUCAAAAAAUUAGCAGAAAUUGGUGUCUUAGGAAUUACACGUCCUACAGAAUAUGGAGGACUUGGACUUGAUUAUUCUUUUACUGUUGCUUUCCUUGAAGAAUUAUCACAUAUAAACUGUGGUGGUGUUCCUAUGUCAAUUAUAGUUCAUACAGAGAUAACAAUGCCAGCAUUAGUAAAAAAAGCAAUUCGGAACACCAGGAAGUCUAUGUAUGCGAACCUACACAAACUAAUCGAUCUUGAGAACGCUCUAUUUAAUACGGACCCGGAGCUGCUGGGGUUCGUCAACUCUAGAGUUAUAAACUUGCAAGAACAGGUCCAGCAGUCACUUCGCAAGAGAUAUGACAAGAAAAUGCUUUGGAUCAUGAAAAACCAGAAGAAGCCGCACAAAAACAGGCUAAUGAAUCCGAUCGUCUGCUGGGACAAUAUUGAACCUCCAGAAGAAAUGGUUCAGGUAUUCAAAUUAGGAUUUAUGUUUGCUCCGAAGCCCUCGAAGAUCUCAGCACAUACCAUCAUUCCGAACAUUGAAAGGCUGCUUGUGCCAAUUAAGACUCAACAUAAGGAUUUCUUUAGGUGGAACACAGCUCUCAGCAAAAGAGUCAAGCAAACAGACAACAAGGAUAGUGAAUUCUGGACAAAUUUAGGUAUAAGUAGAAAUAAAAUAGAGAAGAUUGGUAUGUUUUCUUCAGACACAGCACAGUUUUUCUUUGAAGAUGUUAGAGUUCCAGCAAAAAAUAUUAUUGGUGAGGAAGGAAUGGGUUUCACAUAUCAAAUGUUACAGUUUCAAUAUGAGAGAUUGGCAGGUUGUGUAGGAGUUCCCGUUUCAUUGGAAAGGAUAAUACAAGGUACAAUAGAAUAUUGUCGACAAAGAAAGGCAUUUGGACAAUCUAUCUUGGAUAACCAAUACAUUCAUUAUCGACUAGCCGAAUUACAAACAGAAGUAGAAGCUCUUCGUUCUUUAAUUUACAGGGCUUCAGUUCAAGUAAUGAAUGGAGAAAAUGCAGUUCUUCUUACAUCCAUGUUGAAAUUAAAAAGUGGCAGACUUUUAAGAGAGGCAGCAGAUUCCUGCUUACAGUUCUGGGGAGGAAUGGGCUACACCAAAGAAGCCGAAGUCAGUAGAUUCUUUCGUGAUAGUCGUCUUUUAUCUAUAGGAGCAGGAGCAGACGAAAUUAUGCUGGCUAUUAUUUGUAAAUUGAUGGAUAUAUUGCCUGGUAAAUCAAAGAAAAAGACAAAUUAAUAGUAACUUUUAUAAUUUAUAAAAUAUAUAUGAAAAGUUAUAUCUCCAUACAAACCAAAUUAUUAAUUUUUGU